AUGGUAGGAAAGAACGAAAAGUCUGGAUUAAAAAGAAUUGCAUCCCGGUACAAAAUAACAGCCGGAGUGCAGGUUGGAUCAGUUAUUAACUGUGCAGACAAUGGAGGAGCCAAGGUUGUGAAGAUUAUUGCAGUGAAAGGAUGCAAGUCAAGACUCAACAGACUUCCAUUUGCAGCACCAGGAGACAUUAUUGUAGCAUCAGUUAAGAAAGGAAAGCCAGACAUGAGAAAGAAGGUUGUCCCAGCAGUACUUAUUAGACAGAGAAAGUCCUGGAGAAGAAAGGAUGGUGUGUUCAUCUCAUUCGAGGACAAUGCAGCAGUUGUUAUCACCGCAAAGGGAGAAAUAAAGGGAACUGCCAUUUCCGGACCAGUAGCAAAAGAGUGCGCAGAAUUAUGGCCAAAGAUCUCAUCAAUGGCUUCAUGCAUUAAAUAA